AUGAAAAUAUUGAAACACAUCCAGAAACAACAUUUAAUCAUUUUUCUACCUUUGUUUUUGCUAAGUAUCCUUAUUUCUUUUGUCUGGAAAGGACAUAAUACCUUUCAGUAUGGCAUCCAGUGUCAAACAAAAGAAACAACUAAAAAAAUAAUGGAAUCAAACAUUUCCAAUUUCUCUAUAUCUGUACAAAAUGCUGAGAAAGAACUCCUUGUUUUGAUUUGGGUUUGGCCUUUUGGCGAAAACUUCCCAUUGGACAGAUGUCAGAAGCAGUACAAUAUUUCUGGAUGUAAAUUUACAGCAAACCGGAGUCUGUAUGAUACUGCUGAUGCUCUCAUUAUUCAUCAUUUUGAUAUAAUGUAUAACAAAAAAUCUUUGCCCCAAAAACCAAGACCUCACUUCCAGCGUUGGGUGUGGUUCAACUUGGAACCUCCAUUGAUCAUUAGGAACUUGCAUUUUCUGGACAAUCUGAUUAACUUGACCAUGACAUUUCGUAAAGAUUCUGAUAUCUAUAUUCCCUACGGUCAUGUUGAAAUAUUGAAGGAGCCUCGAAGCUUCAACAUUCCUCCCAAAUCUAAGUUAGUGUCUUGGGUUGUAAGUAAAUGGUACCCUGGUAUUCCACGUACUGCAUAUUAUGAGGAACUGAAGAAAUACAUCCAAAUUGAUGUCUACGGAAGACAGAACAAACAGCUAAGGCGGGAAGAUUUCCACAAAACUAUUUCUCAGUACAAAUUUUACUUGGCCUUUGAGAACUCGGUUUAUAAAGACUACAUAACUGAAAAAUUAUGGUCAAAUGCAUUUGAUUCAUGGACUGUGCCUGUGGUGCUAGGGACAUCUCGUAAGAAUUAUGAGCUUUAUAUACCCGGUGAUUCAUUUAUUCAUGUGGAUGACUUCUCUAGCCAAAAAGAACUGGCUGAUUACCUCCUGGAGUUGGACAAAGAUGAUGAAAAAUAUAGGAAAUAUUUUAACUGGAGGUCCUUUUACCAGACUCGAUUUGACACAGGAUGGCCUCUUUACUAUUGUCAAGGCUGCAGAGGGAUAAUACAGGCAACAGAAUAUCAGGUUAUUCCUAGUAUAGAAAACUGGUUUCUAGAGAAAUCAUAG